AUGUCUUCGGCAACGCCAACACCCCAAGACUCUGGGCUGCCUGCGCCUGCAACGCCAUACGAAACCUCACCUUUGGCACCAAACGCUUCAUCUGCGUCAAAGUCAACCAUACUCCAUCUCGGUGACGAUAUCCGGUGGAACCAUGACUUGUACGCGGAGCUGAACAACAAAUUCAACAUCAUAAGAACAUACUCGAUGGGUAGAGAAGACUUCAAAAAAGCGCUCAAAGAGAAGAAAUGGGGCGAUUUCGUAGGCAUGUACCGACCCUUCUGGAACACAGGCGGCGAAAUGGGGAACUGGGAUGAGGAACUCAUCGACCUCCUCCCCUCCUCCUGCAAAAUCUACGCCUCAGCCGGCGCAGGCUUCGACUGGGUAAACACGCAAUACCUCGCCUCAUACGCAGGAACCAUAUACUGCAACAGCGCAUCCGCAUGCACCGAAUCCGUCGCCGACGCCGCCAUCGUACUAAUCCUGUCCUGCUACCGCGCAAUCACCUGGUCCUUCCUCGCAGCGCGCUCGUGCGACCCAGAGCAGUUCCGCAACGCGAAUCAGAACAUCGCGGCCGUGACGCACAAUCCCAAUGGCAGCACGCUCGGUAUUGUGGGGCUGGGCCGCAUCGGUAUGCGUGUUGCGGAGAAAGCGAGUCGUGCUUUUGACAUGAAGAUUGCUUAUUAUGAUGUUGUGAGGAUGGAGGCGAGGGAGAAAGAAAUUGGGGCGAGGUGGUGUGCGAGCCUGGAGGAGUUGCUGUCGUCGUCGGAUUGCGUGCUACUUGCUACGCCCUUUUCGGGGGAUACACUGCUUUCGACGAAGGAAUUCGCGCAGUUUAAGAAGGGGGCGAGGCUUGUGAAUAUUGCGAGGGGCAAGUUGGUGGAUGAGGAGGCGCUUAAUAUGGCGUUGGAUGAUGGGAUUGUUUCGGCGGCGGGGCUGGAUGUUCAUGCUAAUGAGCCCCAUGUGAAUGAGAGGUUGGUGCAGAGGAAUAAUGUUAUGGUUUUGAGUCAUACGGCGGGCGCGAGUGUCGAGAGUCAUGUUGGGUUUGAGAGGUUGGGUAUGGAGAAUUUGUUGGGGUGGUUGGAGAAGGGGGAGGAGGGGUGUUUGAGUGCUGUGAAUUUGGCGUGGUUGAAGCAGGAGUGA